AAUGUUUUUUGCUCCAAAGCAGUUGUUUGGCAUAUCAUGCUGAUUUCUUGGCUGCGUCCUGGCCAUGCGGAAUAUUGCACUCUUAGAGUGGGGUCCAGCCUCGCUCUUCUACAUUCAGCCACGAGAGCUGAUCAAGGUGCUUUCGGAUGUGAUUCGGGUAGCAAUGUCCAAGACCCAGGGCACCGAGGUAAGAACCAAAUGGCUCGAAGGCGGACCAGUGUUACCACCCUUCCUCAGCACCAUGGAAGAGGCGAAGGCACAUGACCCAGACCUUACUGUGCGUUAUGCACUGAGCGCGUUCGAGGACCUGAACAGUGCCAUUAAGAAUUUGCGCAGAUGCUUCGGUUUCCCCUACCAGGAGUACAUCGGGUACAUGAACACACUCACUCAUCAGUACCGGACUCGCAGCGAACAUGAGGGGUUGAUUGACCGCAUCCGUCGCUGGGCGAUGUUCGGCAAUGUUGAUGCAGUGCUUUGGAUCGACUAUGCCAAAGCGAAUCAGCCACCGGGCUCCUUCAAGAUGGGCCCUCGCGAGUCACGGCCCUUUGGCCCCGGGCAUUUGCAGAUCUGUGCGGAGAUUCCCGAAGUGCUGCGUUUGGACGACGAUGAAUCUGAGGCUGCAUGGAGUGAAGAGGCCGAGGAAGAGAAACAUGCAGGUACUGCGCAUCACGGAAGCGAGGUUGCUCAGGUCAGUACCAUGGCCAUUGUGCCACGUGAGCCCGGCAACUUGAGACCACUACCUCCAAAGAGGCUGCCAAGACAGAUCCACCGGAUGCGACCCUCACACAUGCUGAUGCAGGCUGUGAGCAAAGCAGCGUCACCAGACAAAGACGAGGCCAUCGUAUCUGCGAAGAACGCGGAUGAUGGCCUUGACAGCCAAGACGUGCAGGACAAACUUGCUUCGAAGGCCAAGGCAGAACGCGAUGUGUUGCGAUUGCAGCUCCAAGAGGAAAUUGUUCCUGUCCCAGGCAGUAUCUACUCCCGCUCCAUUGUUCCUGGACCAGGCUACUACGGAGCCCCGAAGGCGCCAGGAGAAUCGAAGAAGGAAGCAGCCAGCUUUCGGCCGAAGGGUGUUAGCGCCUGGGAUCAGCUGCGAUUGAACGCCCAGUGGCUGCCUGGCCCUGGACAAUACGAGAAACAACCUGGAAUGACAGAGGAAAAGUUCUUCAACCCACAGUUGGGACGUUUCAACAAAGCACCAAAGCUCGUCAACAACCAGGAGGUUUUCAAGAAGCUUCCCUUCAUCUCCAAGUUGGCUUCCACUUGCGAGGGGUUUGGGCUUAGCUCGGACAACUUUCAUUGCGUCGACCCCAAGGAAGUGAAACAGCUUCCGCACUACACGAAGGAGCCUGCGUACUCCUUCGGUCGUACGCCCCGGCCCUUUUGAGGAGGCCAUGUAUUUAAAUGGUUUAGGUCGAUGGCAAAGAUUUGCCGAAGACUUUCUUCGAGAUGUCUCAUUCCAUCUACCA